AGGUGAGUUCAAGGGGACUGCGAGCAGCUGGAGCAGCAUCGGGGAAAUACAAGGAAGAACACUCUUGUAAACCGAACAUAAACCAACGUUAUUUUUGUAUUUUCUCCCAAAGAGCCAACAUGGUGCAUUCGGAAAUGUUAUUUGUGCUGGCUUGGGCAUUGUUUGUUCCUGUAACGAGCAGCAAAAAAACUUAUGGUGACAUGUUCCUACACAAACACAAGUUCCCUUUUCCAUUCCCAAUCCCUGGAUGGCAACCGGACACUAACCCUUGGAACGAAAAUCUAUACCCUUCCUUCAAACAAGAGCUGACGCGCAGACAUGAUAAACCUCCGAGGGUGCGCCUCACGAGCGACAGUCCUGCAAUGAACGGCUCGUGCAUCUCAUUCGCUGCAGCGCUGGAGUUCCAACCAUGCCCGAAAGAGGACGCCAACGGCAACCUGGUGAACGACGAGCACUGUGACGACGGUAUGAUGGAGGCCUCAGCCAGUGGACAGGUGCGUUCAGGUUACGUGUCUAACUGGACAUCCUGGCUGGAUGACUAUGGCUUUGGCAGGUGUACGGAUCUGAAAAGGUGCAAUGUUUUUCCUGAUGGAAAACCUUUUCCCCAGACCAGUGACUGGAGACGUAGAGGUUAUGUCUAUGUGUGGCACACCAUGGGCCAGUAUUUCGAGACAUGUGAUGGCUCCUCGUCCCAUCUGACUCUGAACACCACUAACAUAACGUUCGGAGCAGGCGUAAUGGAGGUGAUGGUGUAUCGUAAACUUGAGCGCAGAAAGUACAGCCCACUCUCUACAGACAGUACCGUGUUCUUCAUAACAGAUAAGAUUCCGCUCUCUGUGAACAUUUCCCAGAAGGAAGCCGCCGACAUAACUGACAAAAAUGUCUUUGUCAGAGGGUCUGAUGUGAUAUUCAAAGUACAGAUCCACGACCCCAGUAACUACCUAAAGACGGCUGAUGCGGUAGACUUUAUUUGGGACUUUCGGGAUGGCAACCACUUGGUCACCCACAGCAAUGUGGCGACCCAUGCUUACAACAUGCUUGGAAAUGUUUCUGUCAAGCUCCUGGUAGAGGCAGCAUUCCUCAUUCCCUGCCCACCACCUACUCCCACACCAAUGCACUUUACACAGGCUCAUACCACAGCAAUGGCUACGCUACCACCUGUCACCCAGGUGAGCACUGGCAAAAUGGAGACCACAAAAGUUAUGAUCUUCACCAAUCAUUCGCCAACAACCACCCAACAAGUUCCCACAAGUGCCGUCCCAACAACUGAACCAUUCCAAACAGAUGCAGAGGUGACCUCUAGUAUUACAGCAACUCCUGUACCUGAAACAAGCUCAGCCUAUAAACAGCCCACCUCACCACCCAUGAUCAAACACAGACACUUCAAGGAGUCUGACUGUUUCCGCUAUAUGUAUGGAUCCUUUGAAGACGAGAUCAUCAUCAUUGAACCACCUCCAUGUCUGUACAGCCCACCACCCAAUCAGAUUUUAAAGGUGUCAGCCGCUAAAGUGACCAACACAUCUGUGAACUUUGUUGUGACAUGCCUGGGCAGUGUUCCCUCAGUGGCCUGUACUAUAGUGUCCGACUCUACCUGUCUGGAGGUCCAGAACAUCAUCUGUGAGGAUGUGGCCCCUUUAGGCGAAGGCUGCAAGAUUGGGUUGAAACGCAUCUUCCAAACGCCUGGCACCUACUGCAUCAACAUCACACUAGGAGUCCCCGGCGGCUUGGCUCUUGCCACAACCACAUCUGUAAUAAUUGGCAAUGGCCCAAUCAAGAACCCCUCUAAAUCAUCCCAUGUUGCCGAGGUAGUUCUAUCUUCCAGCGCUGUGCUUAUAGCAAUCUUUGCUUUCAUUGCCUUCAUGGUGUACAAGCAAUAUAAGGUGUAUCGUCCAGUUAGGGGAUCUAUGCUUGAUGAUGCUGAGAGAAAUGCUGGGGUUGGAAGUUGGCGUUUAAGCAAGCUUAGAGCAACACUGUUCCCAGCCAAUGAGGAGAGAAGCCAUUUAUUGACAGAGGGGCCAUUAUAGACUAAUCUGAGCUGUUGUAGCAAUCCAUGCAGUUGCUCUUUACUUAACAUAUCAGCUAAGCUGCAGUCUAUUAGAACAACUUGAGAAAACUGUGAUCUCAUAAGAUAAAACUGUUUACAACAGUUUACUACUGGCAUCUUCUCUAAAUGUAGCUAGAAUAACAGUUUUAAUGUAAUCAAAGCAUUUUAGUUUCAGUAGAGGCAAGCUAUAGAAAUGUUUUAAUGGCAGAUUUGGGAUGAAUGAGUUAAAAUGCCAGAUCUAUUGGGUUUAAAAUCUUUUAUAUUAAAUUCUGGAAAAGUUGAAUAAUUAUCUAAAAUGACUAAACCUUCACAAACUAACUGAACCAUAAUCCUUUACAAAAGUGUAUAUGUCAACUGCACAACAAGCACUUGCUAUAUUCUGUAAGAAUUAACAUGAUAUUAACACUGCUGUCAUACAUUAUGCAAGGCAACAGAAGAAAAGCAGCUUUGCACAUCUCAUUGUCAAUAGCUCCAUCUUUAAGUUUUAAUAAUCACUACAAAUUAUGUAAAUUUUGAAGUGCUGAACAUUGAAAAUUCUAAUAACUAUAAACAGUUUUGGCCUUUUUGAAUGAAAUGCCAUUUGAUUUGAUGUGAUACAUCAUGUGGGAGACAGGAAAAAGAAAAUAUUGUAAUUAUGGGAAAUAACAGAUUAGUUAAUGCUCUAAGAACAUAAGCUUGGUUUGAAUGAUAUAGUCUUAAAAAAGAUACUACAUUUGUGGACCAAACAGAUGCACUUUUUGUGAAUGUUUCUUACAGCUGACCAUUAUUAAGGGAUUGUUUUCUAAGAAAUCACUUUACUAGCAGGUUUCCUAGAAUUAAUUUGGCUGGGCAAUUUGUAAUAUGGAUAGGCUACACAUAGCCAUGCAUGGGUAUUGAACAUUAUUAACAGUGUUGACAGCACUCAAUUUAAAAAAUAUAUAUAAUUAGCUACUCUGUUCUUAUUAUAAAUUGUAACUUCUGAGAGAACUGGACAUACACAAACAUCUAAUAAAUGUUAUUUCAGGGCACAAUUUACUAAAAUUAUUUAGCUAAUCAUUUCAUUUACAUGACAUUUCCAGGGCAUUUUAUUUUCCCAACAAGUGAAAUUAUUAAGUAAAAACACAAGCAUCCAUUUAAUUCGAAUUUUUGUUUUUGAUGGUAUCUUCUCACCUUCAGAAAAGCAGUUUGCUAAAUGGCCCAUAGUAAUUCUUAAUCCUUGUAAAACUGUGACUUAAUUCAAUAAAAUACAUCAGAGUGCUCUGCUAACUUUAAUCUCAUGCACUCGAGCACACAUUGUGUUCUCAGUGUAUGAGUGCCCAGCUUCACACAUUCAUUUUUAAGCAUGCAUUAUUUGCAGAUUAUAUAUUUAUAUCACAUAGUCCUGCUUUGUAAAGUUUCAUUUUCACAGUAGGAUAUGUUGCAAUUGUAAUUGUGCAAACAUUCAUUUCCAUCCAAAUAUUUUAUAUUGCUUUACUUUAGGCAUUUUAUAGUAAUGACAUUCUUAUAACUAAACUCUGUAUGUUUUUCCCUGGCAACAGAAAACCGACUCUGAUCUUUGAAUUAUUGAAAAUUAAUACACAUCCCAAUAUAUUAAGGCCAAAUGACCAUGCUACCAACCCAGGGAUGUAAAUUAAUUUUAAAAAUCUAUCUAUGGUCCGAUCGUCAUUGUUUUUUAAAGUUUAUAACUCAAGUGUUUUUGGGUUAACAACAAUGUUGGAAUGAAAUAUAUUAUAUAUACACAUAUAUAUUUUGCACUAUAUCAAUCCUUAAACUAUGUGUCAGAGCAAAGCAGAGAAAACAGCAGAUAAGCAGAGAAAUGUAUGUGACACAUAUUCAUUAAUUUUUCAGGACAAAUAAUUAUUUUCCAAGACAUUUUAGGUAUUUUUCCAAAUUUGUGUGACUGGAAAACUGCACUGCAAAAUUCCAGGUUUACCGGGAUGCAUGGGAACCCUGCAUUUUGAUCAGUGAUAACCUUCUAGAUUAGGAAUGCAAGACUCACAAAUAUUAAAAGGCUUGUAUAAUCUUAAUUGCCCCAUUUAUAAGGGUCAUGGUAGACCCUUAAACAGAUUAGGGACUGAUUUUAAUACAAAUAUGUGAUCCUCAACUGAAAAAUGUAAAGGCUAAAAGAUGAACAAGUGUGUGGACAUUUGGUUAUAAACGGACAAUAAAUAACAUAACACAAACAAUGG